AUGGAGAUUGAUACAGAAGCUCUGUUUGCUGUUUGUAAAAACUAUUCGAAAGUUGCAAUGGCAGGUGGUGUGAUGCUUCUGUUUUGUGAGAUGAGAGACGUUUUUGACGAGUCAUUCAGAUCUAGCCGAGGCUCUCUUAACCGAGGCCAUGUGUACACAGAGCAUGUUAUGGAGAAGCUUAAAAGUUCCGUUACUUGCGUUGUAAAGCCGUUAGAACGAGAUGAUGCGUUUCAGGUCACAACGGCCAAGAAGAAAAACAGGAGGACAUGUCUUCUUUUGGGUGAGUCUGAUGAUGAGUCGAGCUGCGAGGUUGUUCAGCUUAAUGACUUAACCUGCACUUGUGGGGAGUUUCAAAGGAAGAAGUUUCCAUGCCUACACGCAUUAGCUGUCUGUGAUAAGCUCAAAAUCAAUCCUUUGCAGUAUGUAGACGACUGUUACACUCUUGAGCGGUAUCACAAAACGUAUGCUGCUACAUUCAGUCCUGUUCCGGAGGUAUUAGCUUGGCCUGAAGCUUCUGGAGUUCCAACAUUUCUUCCUCCAGCUAUAGGAUCAGGAAAAGGGAAAGAGAAGGAGACUGAGAGUGAUCAUCUUGAAGAAGAUGAAGAAGAAGAUGCAUAUGAUUAUGAUGAAGAAGAAGAUGAGUGGUAA